AAGAACGCUUGCAAAAGUAAACAGUGCCUGCCUACUGCAUCUGUUAGGGCCUCCUGGUUCACAACCUUGUCGCCCAGUGAACUCCUGUUUCCCCUGGAGGUCACCGGCUACACAUUUAUUGACAGUUAGGUUACGAUAUUUCUGUCUGGCAUUCCUUUUCAAGAGAACGUUUUUGUCGCCUGGGGUUACGUGGAAGUUAAUUAUUUUUGUUUCUGAUCAACUGGUUGUGUUUUGCACGUCAGGCUGCGUGCAACUGUAUCGAACAGAUUGGUUGAGGAGACCAGCAACCAGGUCUGGUCAGGAACUGGGCCGCGGGGACGUCGACCCACGGAAUCAACAGUUUUAGUGGCAAUCAUACACACAUUGUGCAGUAGCGUGGGUACACAAUAAUGCAGUGUCAAAAUGAGGAUCUAUGGGGCCCAGUUCCUUCACACACUAAUCGCUCAGGAACAGACCCACUUGGUUUCGAAGACUCCUUCUCACCCCCUCAAGCAACUUCUGCUGGAGGAGGCAGCCACCAACUUUAUGCAGAGAGUGACUACAUUCCUCUCGAAGACUCUUCACAGUACUUAGCUGGACUUGAACGCAAAUUAGCAUGUGUUCAAGGUCGUUCAGAUGUUGGCAGACAAACAGAGAGUAGCAGACUCAUUGAUGCUUUAGCAACCACAAGAGAAGACCAUGCACACCACUUAAUGAAUACUCCUAACAACGUUGGCACCGAUAGUGAUGUAAUUGAGCCCGAUAGUGACCACAGUACAUCUUUUACAGCUGCAACAGUGGAUCCACAAGGUGCUUUGGGUGCUAUGUUAAGGAGAGUGGCACCAAACAAAGUUGCACUUGCCCCUGAGGAGCUGUGUCGUCUCUUGGAGGCCGAUAUUCUUGCCAAGGCUCAUGAAGCUCUCGAUGAAGAGGCUCUAGCACCACACCUUCCCGUACAUCAGUCCAAAACCUCUUUAGAAGAAUGUUGUAAUGAAGAGGUUAAAUCAGCAGAUAAUGGCACAGAAAUUAAUUUAGAUAAAACAAAAUCUCCAGCUGUAACAGCAGCAAAAUCUCCAUUUGAUCUAAAAGAACCAUCAUCAGAUGAAGGUGAAAAAUAGAUGAUAGCUACUAGUGUGAAUAAUUUAUAUAAAUGUUAGGAUUAAAUUAUCAUGUAAUUGCAAAUGCCUCUUAGUUCACAGUCUCAGGACUAAUAUGCAUCUUAAAAUACUUAAUAAUUGGAAAUUCAUAUCAAAGCAAUAGAAUUCUUUUGCAAUUGAUAAGUUGCAAUAAUCUGGCUAAAAUAUGAUUUAACAAUUGUGGUUAAUACAUAACUUAACAAAAAGGUUAAGGUACAACUUUCACCUUUUAAUUAAAAUUGAAGCAUUAUUUUCAUAUAACCGAAUUGAAAUUAUAUACAUGCUCUAAAAUAAUAAAUGGGGAUACAGCACUACUGCAUAUCAACAUCAGUCACUGACUGAGAAGUUGUAAUCCACAAAAUUGUGUUGGGCAUUAAGUUGUGACAGUAGGUCUUUGUAAUAGAGCAUAAAAAGAUUGGUUGGUAGUUGUAGUGGCACUUGGAAGUGGGAAAGACAGUAGUUAUUCAUUUAAACUUUAAAAAAAAAAAAAAAUUAUGGCUUUAUAGCGAUUUUACAUUUCCCACACCCCAGCUUUGAUAAGAUAAUUGUGGUUUAAAUAAUUUGUUUGCCCCCAAUGAAUAAUUUGAAAUGUUUCAGAGCCUUUGUUAUAUAUAAUUUUAUUACAAAAUAUAUAUUAAUACUUUAA